AUGGCUACUCCCAACGUAGCCUCUGAUAUGGCUCAAUUCUUCGAUUUUGGGGAAGCUGCCAUGCCGAAUACGUCCCAGCAGCCGAGCGGGCAAACCACCGUGUUGGAUGUCCCGCUCAUGGCCAAGAUGGUAAUGAAGGGUAAGUCUGAUUUCCGAACACCAAUGCAUUUUUUGGUCUUGAGUCCACGGCAUCCUCCUCAACUCUAUGGAGUGCCGGUGACAGAAGAGUUCAUCACCGACUUUUCUAGUUGGCUGCCUCGAUACCACAAGCCUGCCCAGCCUUGCGACUACUGUCGUUCGAAGUCCCUCGAAUGCUUUAUCUACAAUGCUAAGGACGGAACAUCCUCCGGAUGUUCACCCUGCAACGCCCUGUUCCGGCCGUGUAGCUUCAGCAACCCCGAAAAGAUGCCCCUGCAAAAGUCGAAGACGGCACUUGACACAUUAGACGUUGUGACCGAGAACAACGAGCACCUCUUCGGCGGCCUUACGGGCAAGAAGCCCAUGCGCUGUCUGGGUCACAUGGGCCCAAUAGAAGAUGAUGGGCCGCCGGAUAAGCCUAAGAAGGGUGCCGCAGCUGCUCGAUUUCCUCGUGCAGCAGUCAAGAUCCUGAAAGACUGGAUGAUCGAGCAUAUUGACCACCCAUACCCCACCGACGAGGAGAAAGAAGCACUGAAGCUGGAAACUGGGCUUACCCUCAGCCAAAUUUCGAACUGGAUGGCGAACACUCGGCGAAGGCAGAAGGCUCGCCCGAAGCGAAGCGCAUCGCCAAGUAUCAGACCGUCAACAGAAGCGAUCAAUAUACCACCGGGCCGAACCUGGGAAUCUCUGAAUCCCUUCGAACGAUGGAAGCACUCUCCCCCCGAGAACGAACCAGCUCCUAUGACAGCUAUCGUGCGCGCCGUUGAGACAUUCGAUCCACCGGAACCGCUCAGCUCGUCGAGCAGCUACCGCAAAGACCAUUCAAACGACAGUACCGGCAGCUUCUCGGUCUUCCGUGCUCCGUCUACGACCUCUCUGGAAACUGGUCUCACAGGCAUGUCGUCUGGAACGACCGGCUCCCAUAACUCCGCUUACUCGCACGGUUCAAAACAUUCUUUCGGUUCUAUGAACAGCUUGAAGUCCAAGGAGAGGCGCCGACGCCGACGUAUGCCAACUCGAACGCCCAAGCACUCCCUAGAUGAGGGCCCAAGGUUGUUUCAGUGCACAUUCUGCACCGACCGCUUCAAGUCUAAGUACGACUGGUCUCGCCACGAGAAGUCACUCCACCUGUCGCUCGAGAAAUGGAUCUGCGCUCCUUUGGGUGAGGUCAUCACUUGUUCGGCAUCUGGGCAGCGUAAGUGCGUAUAUUGCGAUACCCUCGACCCCAGCAAGGAGCACCUCGAGAUUCACAACUAUCGAUCCUGCGAAGAGAAGGGCUUGGAAUCGCGAACGUUCUACCGGAAGGAUCACUUAAGGCAGCAUUUGCGGUUGAUGCACGGCUGCAAGAUGCUCCCCAGCAUGGAUUCAUGGAAGUCGGAAGCGCAGUACGUCAAGUCGCGCUGCGGAUUCUGCGGCAUGAACUUCGACAAGUGGCAGGACAGGGCAGAUCACUUAGCGAAAGAAUUCAGGAACGGAGCAACUAUGAAAGAUUGGAAGGGAUGCAGGGGCCUGGACCCGCACGUCGCCGCCCAUGUCACCAACGCGAUGCCACCCUACCUCAUCUCCAAUGAGAGCAAAUCGCCCUUCCCCUUCUCUGCUUCCAACUCGGCCUCAAUGAAGCACCCCACCUUGGAUAUCCAACAAACUGAUCUCGAGUUCCUCCUACCGGGGGAUACGAUCAACCACAUGCCCGGUGUUUACAUGCCUUCUUCAGGGAAUUUGAGCGGUGUGGGCAUGGACAAUUCCUCUUCCGUCAGCCCAAGGGGACCAAACAACACGCCUCAGACUGCUGCCACCUCCUCUUCGGUAUCUCCGAACCUCAGUAAUGUUGCGACAUGUUGGGAGAUCUUGACCCUCCGGCUAGGCCGCUUUGCGCGACAGCAUAUUGAACAGAAUGGUCCCAGAUCCGUCACCGACAGCAUGCUUCAACGUGAGGCCCGCCUGAUUCUCUACGAGGAGGACGACCCAUGGCACCAGACCGCUGCCGACAACCCUGAGUGGCUCAAUCUGUUCAAGAAGGCCCAUGGCAUUGAUGACUCGCUUCCGCUGCCUGGCGUUGCUUCCCAGCAUGAGAUUUUCGAGGACCUCGGGGUAAGGCCUGAUGCACGAUUGGAUCAGAGCUUCAAUCUCGGCAACUUCGAAUGUGUACGCAAGAACCAGGACAAUCCUGCGACUCGCUCCUUUGCUUUUGAGUGCUCGCUCUCGGGGAGUAUGGCGAUGUCGAGGGCUGGCCAGGGGACAGUUCCAUUCAGCCUUCCCACUCUCACUACUUCGACCACGACAUCUGGUGCUUCCAAUUUGCCUACGACUACUUUUGCUGACCUGCAAGGGCUCAAUGGCCCCAUCUCCGAGCUAGAGUGUGUAGACGCUCCAGGCGGUCUCUGCAUUGGCGAAGAUGGCGAGCUGGGUCUUGCAACA